ACUGGUCAGUAUAAUCGGCGUCUUCACCAAGAUUGCAACCCGACUAAAUUGAAAAACACAAUGAAAUUAUUUAUCGCCGCCUGCCUUUUCGCCGUGGUCGGGUUAUCGCUAGCAGACACUGUUUUGUAUCCAAGGGGAUGUAUCUUUGUUAACGGACACUGUCAGCGCGAGUGUGAAGUAGGUACCCACGCGUAUACCACGGGCUGUGGUACGUUGCAACCUGAGCCAACUUGUGAUGACCUCCAACCGGUAGCUGGUAAGGGCAUCAUCUGCGACUUCACAGCAUGCUACUGCGACCCGCCCACUGUUAAAGACAAGGUAUCCGGCAAGUGUGUCCCAGUGGAGGAGUGCCCUAAAUGAUUGGAUUAAAUGUUUAAAUGAU